GUGAUGAGGGGCUGCUAAAAACAGCCUCAGCCCCCACUCUGAAGCAGCCUGGCUUGAAACAAUGUCCUCUAGCCAAAGAAACCUAAAGGACACUUGAGCACACAACCCUUGGAAUUCUUUCAAGGAAACCGGCCCUUAGAUUUACCCCUCCAUCCAUCUGGAUCACCCUUUCACUGACACCACACGCCCCAGGGCCGGCGAGGAGAUGAGUACAUCUCUAAAUUACAAGUCUUUUUCCAAGGAACAGCAGACGAUGGACACCCUGGAGAAGCAGCUUAUCUGUCCCAUCUGUUUGGAGAUGUUCACAAAACCUGUGGUGAUUCUUCCAUGUCAGCACAACCUGUGUAGAAAGUGUGCCAGUGACAUUUUCCAGGCCUCAAACCCAUACUUGCCAACGAGAGGAGGCACUACAGUAGCAUCGGGUGGUCGAUUCAGGUGUCCCUCCUGCAGGCACGAAGUGGUUCUGGACAGACAUGGGGUAUAUGGACUUCAGAGGAACUUGCUGGUGGAAAACAUCAUUGACAUAUACAAGCAGGAGUCGACCAGGCCAGAAAGAAAGUCAGAGCAGCCGAUGUGCGAAGAGCACGAAGAUGAACGCAUCAACAUCUACUGCCUGAACUGUGAAGUGCCCACCUGCUCCAUGUGCAAGGUCUUUGGGGCUCACAAAGACUGUCAGGUGGCUCCCCUCACACAUGUUUUCCAGAGACAGAAAUCCGAGCUCAGCGACGGCAUCGCAGUCCUCGUGGGGAGCAAUGAUCGAGUCCAAGGAAUAAUCAGUCAGCUGGAAGAGACUUGCAGAACUGUAGAGGAAUGUUGCCGAAGACAGAAACAGGAGCUAUGUGAAAAAUUUGAUUAUCUCUAUGGCAUCCUGGAGGAAAGAAAGAAUGAGAUGACACAAAUCAUCACAAGGAGCCAAGAAGAGAAACUGGAGCAUGUCCGGGCGCUGAUUAAAAAGUAUGCAGAUCAUCUGGAGACAGUAUCCAAGUUGGUUGAGUCAGGAAUUCAAUUCAUGGAUGAGCCAGAAAUGGCAGUCUUCUUACAGAAUGCUAAAACGCUCUUACAAAAAAUUUCUGAAGCAUCCAAGGCAUUUCAGAUGGAGAAAAUAGAAAACGGCUAUGAAAACAUGGACCAUUUUACAGUCAACCUCAAUCGAGAAGAAAAGAUAAUAAGAGAAAUUGACUUUUACAAAGAGGAGGAAGAAGAGGAGGAAGUGGCCGAAGAAGCAUUGGAAGAUGUCUGUAUAGAGUCGUCAGGGGAAGAAGAAAUUCCUGAGGUAGUAUCCCAGCUCUCUCCACCAGAAGCUGAGCACCAGUCUGUACCUGAGGCGCUUCCUGUUGCUUCUGUGGAACUACCGCCUAGCCCACCAGCAGCCACUGGGGAUCUUGUAACUCAGGGGGAGGUGGUGCCAAGUGGUGCUCUGCAGACUCCACAGUCUGAAACUCAAGUACCGUCAACAUCAUCGGAAACCCUGGAUCCCUUGUUUUAUCCUAGUUGGUAUAAGGCCCCCAAACGGCAAGGCUCCAACCCAACUUCCACCCAAGUGAGUGAAGGUUCGGGUCAAGUAGGGCCUUCAGUUUCUGUGGAUGCCACUGGGCAGAAGGCAGAAGAGGCAGAAACCACCGCAGCAUCCCAGAGGGAAGCACUGAGUGGUAAGGAAGCUAGCACUGCUGCAGCUACUUCUCAGAUCAGGACUGAUUCCUCUGCCUCCCAGGGACAAGUGGAAGGUGCUUCAGGGAGCAGUGAUGGAGCUGAGAAUGAGCCAGCCCGCCAUGUCUUCUCUUUUUCCUGGUUAAACUCCUUGAGUGAAUGAUGUUCAUUCCAGCUGCUACCUCUCUGUCUGCUUGGCUAAGGGACAAACAGAGGCAGCAUGUGACCUAGAUGAAAUGAAUAUGAAGUAGUGAAUGAAUGGGACCUCUGAAUGAGUUUUCUGCAAAAAGCUUUGAUUCCAUGUUAGUUACCUAACACUUAGAGGGGGAAAGAGUACUUUGGGGAACUUGCUGCCACAACAAGGAGAAAAAUGAGAUGAUCUUGUUAUAAUGCUGUAUAGGGACACUUUAUAAAGGUGUGUAUGUGUGUGUUUGUGUUUGUGUGUGUAUGUGAGUGUGUGUGUGUAACAAAAACCCUUAGUGAGAAAAUGCUGAAAAAAACAAAACCUUUUGUUUUGUUAUGAUGAUAAUAGAUGGUAUGUACCUUUUUCUUUCUAAUGUCAUUGGUCAAUGAACAUGUAUUUUGUGUUUAAAUUUACAAGGGAUUGAUUUAGCAAUUUAUUUCCAAGAGGCAAACAUCAUUGACCAAACCUAUAAAAUACUUCAUUAAAAAAACCUUCCUUUUCUUUUCUUUUUUUAGUGCUAGAUACUUCUGCUUCCUUACUUGCAGAAUGUCCAUUGAAUUAGGGACAUUUUUUUUAUAACUCAAAAGACCAUAGGGUUGAGAUAUAUAUCAGGGGCUAGUAUAACUCUUUCAGUGUUAUUCCAUUCUCAGGUUUAGGUAUUCUGAUAAUCUAUUCCUUAAGUAAAGGAGACCUUUCAGAAAAAUUGUCUACUUUCUUACAUAACUACUUAGGAGUCAAGGUAAUAUAUUGCAUAAAUGCUGCAUGGAUUUAAACAUACUUUUCAAGUCACAUUCUGUUCGACACACCAUAAUGACUCCUUUGGAGCAUGGCUGUAAUUCUACUAUGUAUGAACUAUUAAAUAAAUGUGAAUUUUUUAAACUUA